AUGAAGGCGAUUCCGCAUGAUGAUAUGGUGAAAUUGCUGAAACUUUGUUCGGAAUGGCGCCAUAACCCAAAUUUGGUGAUGCAAUUUGGCAACGUGGAAGCUGAGAUUGAAUUCUUCGCUUCCCUCGUCAAAGCUGACGGCUGGCUGAAAGGAGAUCACAUUGAUUUGGGCUUGUAUCUCAUCCGGAAGCGACAACAACAGUUGGAGGAAGUAGAAAUAUCGGAUUGGACAACGACCGAUGUAUUUUUUAUGAAUCACAUCCAUACUUGCUUUGCGGAUAAUAAAAGGAAAAAAGAGCAAGUUGGGUGGAAAAUUAGAACCAGUUUAGUGAACGUUGUAAAUGGCAAGGUUCCGGCUUGUGGAUUGGAUUGGCAGAACACGUAUAAGGUGUAUGUACCUUGUAUGUUGCAAAAAUAUAAGCAUUGGGUGGCUCUAGAGAUUGAUCUGAUUCAGUGUGAAAUCAAAGUCUACGAUUCAAUGGUUUCACUCAUUCCAGAUCAGAGCUUAAAGGAAGAACUCGGCCCCCUGUCAAUUACGAUUCCAAAUCUUCUGCACACCCUCGACUUUUAUGAAGAAGGUGUUUACGCGAACGAGUGCACCCGAGAUUGGUGGUGUCCAUGGCCAAUACAUCGUGUGGAUGUUCCACAACAGGCUAAUCAAGGCGAUUGUGGUAUGUUCGUGUUGAAGUACAUUGAGCUGUUGAGUGCUGAGAUUUCCUUAGCUACUUGCACCUCGCAGAACAUGCCAUUUUUUUCGGUUGAAGUUGGCUGCAGAAAUUGCACGGGGAGAUGCUUACAUGCCAUGAUAUCGGUUGAACUUGGUUUAGGCACAUGA